AUGGCGGCUACGACGACUAUUGGGUUUGUUUCGCCGACGGGCUUAACCAUCCGUCGCGGUGGACAUAGGGUUUCGUUCAUCCGAUGCUCCGCCUCUCCUCUCACUUCAUCCACUGCUCUCGUGGAGAAACCUUGGACAUCGUAUAAUGCUAGGCUUGUGCUAGAAGACGGUUCCAUCUGGCCGGCUAAGUCCUUUGGUGCCCUGGACUCGUGUUCGAAUUGGUCUUCAACACUUUCUUGA